AUGAGUUCUUAUGCAUUAAUCGAGAACAGAUCCAAUAUCAAAAUCGUUUCCUCUGUAUUGACGUCAUUCUUGUCCAAUUCAUCUGAAAUAGCAUCCCUCGAUGUUUCAAAGAAAUCCGAACUUAUAUCUGCUCUUCUAUCUGAUCUUGAUGAAAAUGGGGUUCAAUUAAAAUGGAGUGAUGAUGUAAGAUUACUAGCAUUACAAACUUUAAAGACAUUAGGUCGUAAUGUGAAAGGAUGUGAAUUAUUGUUUUCAGAUAAGGGAUUUUUAAUAUUAUUAUCUCACACAUCACUUUUAUCAAAUGAUAUCGCCGAUACUCCUGUGGCGCAAGAAGCACUUACAUGCAUUGCCAAUGCGCUUUUGUUAGAUGAAAGUACACGUGAUCUGUUCGAAAAGCAUAACUGCAUAUCAAAAGUCUGUCAUGGUUUAAAGGAUGAUAAAAUUUCGAUCAAAUCACAAUUUCUCUACUCGCGAAUUCUUUUUCUGGUGACAAUUAAAGCAUCACCAACCAUUAAACAACUCAUUGAUGACCUUGAAAUAAUUGAUAUUCUUCAUAACACCAUAAACAAUCUUGUGAAAGGAAUUUCUUCGUCUACGAUUGUUGAACCUUUACCGAUCACCAGAGUUACGCUUUUGAAUGAGCAAUUAAAAUUUUUAUUUAACUUAAUGCAUUAUUAUUCAAAAAUUGUACUUGAAGAAGGGCAAGGGAAAAAUCAAGAACUUUCUUCAAAAUUUGAAAAAUUACUCCCGGUAAUCAUUAAAGUUAUCACAGAACUACCACCACCAUCACCACUUCCAUUAGGUCCACCACAUUCUCACGCGAUUCAUGCACUUUUGAACUUUCCUGUUGCCCCUUACAAAUCAAUCUGGUUCCCACCAGAGCAAAAAAGUCAACAAUUUGCUCUGUUAGAUAAAUUUCUUGAAAUUUUAAAAACAAUGGUACUUAUUGCCGUUGAUGGAGAUCCCGAUAUUAUUAUUGAAAAUGGUCAAAAUAAAUACGGUGUUAAUUUUGAUGAAGUUGUUACACCACUUGUUGCAUUGAUACGAAAACUAGCAGAGGAAGAUGAAUUGGCAAGAACUAUUGCAAGAAGUAGAUUAUUACCCGAUGAUGUUGAUCGAUCUAAACCGUUAGAAAAAGGUGAUAAUUUGUCUGCACGUUUAAUUAGAUUAAUGACUUCGGUAAUGUUACCAAAUUUAAAGGAUGGUGCAAGCGAAUUGUUAUAUGUGAUAUGUGAUCAAGAUGCAUCUUCAAAACAAAAAGCUCAUUCUGACAAACCAAUUAAUCCAAUCACAGGUCAAUACCUUGAAGAUGAAGCACCUUCACUUUCUGAUAUGACAGAUGAAGAAAAAGAGAGGGAGGCAGAAAGAUUGUUUGUAUUAUUCGAGAGACUUAAAAAGACUGGUGUUAUGAAUGUUGUUAAUCCCGUGGAGGAAGCUAUAAAGUCUGGAAAAAUUAAUGAUACAAUAGAUGAUGAAAAAAAGGAAGAAAGCGAUUAA